GUGAAAUGAGAAUAUCUCAAGAGGAAAGAUGCGGUAUACAAAAAGAUAGAAGUCAAUAUCAAGACUGGAUAGCAUAUAUGGCCGAUGUCGCCAUUUUGCCCCUUUGUAAAGAAGGAGAUGCGCCAGGGCGGUGGGUCCUUCCGUGUAAAAAGUGCCACGUCAGAAAGACGUGUUAUUGGCGUGAAGCAGUAUGGCAACCUUACAAUUGCCGACACGCUUUAUUUUCAAGAACGUCCCUCUCCAAAUGUUUGGCCAGAAAAAAGCUCCUCUUUAUCGGAGACUCUACCAAUCGUGGGAUGAUGCAUUAUUUAAUGGAACGUGUUAAUGGAAGUUUAAUGGAAUGGGAUAAAACACACGACAUUCGCAUAGUAUCUAAUUUAAACGAAGGUAAAACAUCAGUAGCAUUCGCUUACUAUCCCCAAUUCUGGUUAUCCAGCGAUCAACGCCCGGUUUUCGAUAAAGCUCUGUAUCAAUUGAUUCAAAGAUCUCGGCCUCUGGAUAACACUAGCGAUACUAUAUUGAUAGUCGGAGGAGUGCAAUGGCUGGCCACUCAACAUUUAUUGAUGCUUCUUCGAGUUCUAAAAGUUGAAAAAUUAAACGGUAUUCAACUAGUGUUGAAGACGUUAGGAUCCGGUUUUCAUCAAGCGGUGGAUGGUGUUCAUAGCUUGUCGGUGAACGAGCAUCAAAAAUUGCUCCAACAUAAUCUAGGAAUGGCGAAUUUUGCCAAACAUUACGGAUUUGAAGUCAUCGACACUUUCAAUAUAACAGUAGCACGUUAUAAGGAUUUCCUUCAAGGAAAAUGUGCAUGCCAUUUUCACAGGGUAAUCAAAGUUCCUUAUCCAGAAUCAAUAUGGAAGAAGCAUCAGUCGAAGUCACGUCCUAGUCCAAGAUACCACGUGGAAGGAUCAAUCAAUGCAAUUUACAGCGAGAUCCUAUUGAGUCGUAUAUGUAAGGACUACAUUUCUGACGUCAGCUGAUUGGCCCUUAACUAUUUUAUCCGUGUUUAUCCGCUUAAAUAUUGUAUAUAAUGUAAAACUUUGUAUUUAUUAUAUUGUGCCUUCGACAGACAUUCAGUUAUUUGCAUGAAGAUAAAUUAAGAUUUCCAUUAAAUUCGGCGGAAAAUUACGUUUCUAUUUGCAUAUUUACAAAAUAUAAUUUGAAAAUAAUAUUUUCCAGAGCAAUAAAACGGAAAAAAAAUCUAUACGUAUUUUUGUUUUGUAUUAAUGUAGAAUAGUGUAAAAUCUACGAGAAAAUGUAAAUGAUGAUGUCUUUUUAUGUAAAAAAAAAAUGGAGGGAACAUAAAAAUAAAAUGAUAUAAACUAUUAAAAACGUGUCGUGUCGGGGUAGUUGCA